AUGCGCGUGGGUGUCGGAGUGAAAUGUUUGUUGAGAGGGAGAGGGUAUCAUGGGCAUUGGUGUGUUGAGUGUGAGAAACAGGGAAACGGCAACGGCAAUACUUGGAAUUCCCUUCUUCGCAUGCACUCCAGCCAUGGAUUGCCUCAAAGGGUCCUUCGUUGUUUUGCUUCCUUCCUCAAUUCAGGCCAUUCCCCUGACCAGUUUACUUUCGCUAUCGCUCUUUCCGCCUGCGCAAAGCUCCAGAACGUUGAGUUUGGGAGGGCUGUUCACUGUUGCGUACUUAAGAAGGGUCUUGAAUCCGCCUCCUUCUGUCAGGGCGCCCUUAUCCAUCUCUACGCCAAAUGCCACUCUCUCACUUCUGCUCGCACCCUAUUUGACGCUUCACCCUCUCCUCAUCUCCACACUGUUUCUUGGACCGCUUUAAUCUCUGCUUAUGUUCAAGCUGGCUUCCCUCACCAGGCACUCCACAUAUUUGAAAAAAUGCGCGACACUGCUGCUCCCGCUUGUUUUCCAAUUCCAGACCAAGUCGCACUUGUCACCGUCUUAAACGUUUACACCUCUUUAGGAAAGCUGCAUGAUGCAUGCCACUUGUUUGCACAGAUGCCCAUCCCCAUCCGCAAUGUUGUCGCCUGGAAUGUCAUGAUUUCUGGUCAUUCCCAGAGAGGCCAUUAUGAGCAGGCUCUCGCCUUCUUUCACCAAAUGAAUAAGCACGGGGUCAAAUCCUCAAGAUCCACACUCGCAAGUGUUUUAAGUGCAAUUGCCAGCUUAGCCGCCCUCCAUCAUGGGUUCCUAGUUCAUUCCCUGGCUAUCAAACAAGGUUUCAACUCCAGUAUAUACGUUGCAAGUUCUUUGAUCAAUAUGUAUGGCAAGUGUCAAAUGCUGGAUGCUGCACGCAAAGUAUUUGAUUCUAUAUCUCACAAAAAUAUGAUUGUCUGGAACACCAUGCUCGGAGUUUAUUCACAGAAUGGCUAUUUAAGUAAUGUCAUGGAGUUGUUCUUGGAUAUGAUAACAUGUGGUGUUCACCCGGAUGAAUUUACCUACACUAGCAUUUUGAGCUCAUGUGCAUCUUUUGAAUACCUUCAAAUUGGUCGCCAGCUGCAUUCAACUAUUAUCAAGAAAAGAUUUACCUCCAAUUUAUGUGUCAACAAUGCGUUGAUAGAUAUGUAUGCCAAGGCUGGGGCUUUGACAGAAGCCAUGAAACAGUUUGAGCACAUGACAUUCCGGGAUCAUAUUUCCUGGAAUGCCAUUAUUGUUGGACAUGUGCAAGAGGAAGAGGAAGCUGAUGCUUUCAGUUUGUUUCGGAGAAUGAAUAUAGACGGCUUUGUACCUGAUGAGGUAUCUUUGGCGAGUAUACUUAGUGCAUGUGGAAAUACUAAGGCACUAAAAGUAGGACAGCAAUUUCAUUGCUUAUCAGUUAAGUUGGGUUUAGAAACAAACCUUUUUGCUGGAAGUUCUCUUAUUGACAUGUAUUCCAAGCGCGGGGACAUUGAAGAUGCACGUAAAAUUUAUUCUAGCAUGCCUGAGCGGAGUGUGGUCUCCUUGAAUGCUCUGAUUGCGGGAUAUGCUCUAAAAAACACAAAAGAAGCUAUUAGUCUUCUUCGUGAGAUGCAGAUAUUGGGACUGAAGCCAUCUGAGAUUACAUUUGCAAGCCUUAUAGAUGUUUGUAAGGGUUCUGCCAAGGUAAUUUUAGGCAUGCAGAUCCACUGUUCUAUAGUGAAGAGGGGUCUCUUAUGUGGUAGCGAAUUCUUAGGAACGUCGUUGUUGGGCAUGUAUAUGGACUCACAAAGGCUUACAGAUGCAAACAUUCUUUUCUCAGAGUUUUAUAACCUUAAAAGCACCGUAAUGUGGACCGCUUUAAUUUCAGGACAUACUCAAAAUGAGUGCAGUGAUGUGGCCUUAAACUUGUACCGAGAAAUGCGUGACAACAAUAUCUUACCUGACCAAGCAACUUUUGUUACUGUUCUUCGAGUUGCUGCUCUCUUGUCCUCAUUGGAUGAUGGUAGAGCGAUACAUUCUCUAAUCUUCCAUACUGGUUUUGACUUAGAUGAGUUAACCGGCAGUGCCCUUGUAGACAUGUAUGCAAAAUGUGGUGAUGUAAAAAGUGCUGUUCAAGUUUUUGAAGAAUUGCCUAUUAAAAAGGAUGUGAUUUCUUGGAACUCAAUGAUAGUUGGAUUUGCUAAAAAUGGUUAUGCAGAAAGUUCCCUCAAGGUCUUCAAUGAAAUGGCUCGAUCAUGCAUUAUCCCGGAUGAUGUCACAUUCCUUGGAGUGCUUAAUGCUUGUAGCCAUGCAGGGUGGGUUUAUGAGGGUCGUCAACAUUUUGACAUCAUGGUAAACUAUUAUGGAAUUAAGCCCAGAGUGGAUCACUACGCAUGCAUGGUUGAUCUUCUCGGUAGGUGGGGAUUUCUCAAAGAAGCUGAAGAGUUCAUUGACAAACUAGAAGUUGAACCCGAUGCUAUGAUUUGGGCCAAUUUAUUGGGUUCUUGCAGAAUACAUGGGGAUGAAAAGAGGGGACAGAGAGCAGCUAAGCAACUUAUCAAAUUAGAACCUGAGAAUUCUUCUCCAUAUGUACUCCUUUCGAAUAUGUAUGCUGCAUCGGGACUUUGGGAUGAAGCUAGAUCUUUAAGGAGAACAAUGAUACAGAAAGAUAUACAAAAGAAGCCUGGCUGUAGCUGGAUUGUAGUGGGACAAAAGACAAACCUAUUUGUUGCUGGUGAUAUGUCACAUCCUAGUUGUGAUGAAAUUUCACAAGCAUUAAAGCACCUGACAGCACUAAUUAAAGAUGAUAGAUUCCAGGAUGGAGGAAUUUCCUGGGCUAGUUAA